UCAAGAAGAAGAAGAAGAAGAAGAAGAAGAAGAAGAAGAAGAAGGCAGUCCGCUGUUCUAAUGGCCGCAGUGCUUUUGGGAAAUUGAGUAUUCACUGUAAUCAUACUCGUGUUGAUCGUGAAAUAUACCAUAACUCUUGUAUAUAACCAGGCAUUUUGGGUCUGUCAUAUUUCAUCAUGUUGCACUUCUUAAAGUGAGCUGAUCUGAGUCAUGCUGCUGCUGGAUGUGAUACAGGCUGGAGGAGGAUUCAUACUCAUUGAAGAUACUGUGCAGUGCUCCGGGCGCGGACUCCUCGGGUGUUUUAUUAAUGCAGCAUUGAAGAGGGGCGAGGACGUCCAUGUGCUGGGGUUUGAGAGUCCUGAAACAGAAGUGUGUGCUGGUUUGGACAGCAGCUGCAUGCAGAGGCUUCAUUUUCAUAAGGGUUUCCCCGAUCCCCUCGGCUGGACGCGCAGAUCGUCUUUCACCGUCGAGCGGUUCGCUUCUCAACACAUAACUCAGAUCAUCAAAGACACACAGCAUGCCAAAGCAGCAGUACUUGUCGCUGACUCUCUCUCGAUGGUUUUAAGACAUCAUGACCCUGUUGUCUUCUGCCAGACACUUCAAGAGCUCAGGAAAGGAGGAGUUAUUAAAACUAUCAUCGGCCUCCUGCAUUCAGACUUGCAUCAGCAAGGCAUUGUGGGUAUUGUGUGCCACUUGGCCAGUACGGUUAUCUCUGUGGCACCUGCAGACAAUGAACGCCAUUCUGUGGCAAAGACCACAAGACGCACAAAGUCAGGCAAAGUCAUGCAAGAGGAAGAGUAUUUCAGUGUGUCCGUGGACGCAACUCUUUCAGUACAGGCCAAACCACGUCAGCCUGGACAUGCACAGAAAGAGCGAGAUGUGUCUGAGGCUGAUCCAACAUCAAACUUGACUUUCAAUCUGCGUCUGUCUGAGGAGGAGAGAAAAGCCAAGCAGAAAGUGGCACUGCCGUUUGUAUUUAGCCAAGAAAAAAAAUCAGCUCUUCUGAAGCCGACUCCUGGCUCCGGGAGGAUCGUGUACGAGCCCGAUGCCAACGACGACUUUGACGAGGAGGAUCCAGAUGAUGAUCUUGAUGUGUGAAUGAAGACAGCCCACAUCAUGACCUAAAUCUGUGAAUGUCAUAACCAUCUUCAUAAAUAUAUUUAUUUAUAUUAUUAUGAAUCAUAUAGUCUGCGGCUGUCUGUUGUCUAUCAACUAUUACAAGGCCAGGUUUGAGAAUGUUAUGACGGAUAUGAAUCGAUGAACCAAUGCUCUUCGUAAUGUUAUGCAGUUUUUGUAUUGGUAGGAAAAUUGGUGGAUAAAUAAAGCACUCACUUGAAAAUAUUUUAAGAAUA